AUGCUUCUCAGAUACUCGAGCUUGGUGGUGGAAACUAUACCUCAUCAUCGAGAUUAUUAUGCUUUAUGUCAAAAAGAAAGAUCAUUUGCCAAAAAGAAAUUGUUUGCAGUGCUAGAUGAGCUAGAGACUUUGAAGCCACUAGUGCGUCAAUUAGAUCAACUGGAUAAUGCUAACACCACAUCUCAAGCGCAUCAGAUUGAUGGCCAAAAACUGAUUCCUGAUGCAAGCACAGUGCCUUUAUUGCCUGCAUUGAAUUAUAAAUCUUUCUUAAGCUACGAUAAUAAACGGUUGUCGCCAGUCACAGCACCUUCAUCUACAUUGAAGCAGAAUAAUGAGAAUACUCGAGUUUCAUCAUCAUAUUCCAUUGACACUCAGUUUCAGAAGCUGUCAGCAUGCAUAACAAAGACAUUACUGUUUUAG